GGGGGGGUGGUGGGGGAUGGCAAGGGAGGGGAGGCCAGGGUUAGGGGGAGGUUGUGGUUGUUGGAACGGGCGCUCGAGUUGAAGCGGAGGUGGGAGGUGGUGGAGCCGUUGCCGCUGCCGCUUGCGGUGGAGGUGGAGGGGUUGUUGGCGGCGCUUUUUCGGCAGGUUGGGUUUGAGAGGCUGGAUGAGGAGUGGUUGGAUUGGGAUUUUGAGUUCCCCGAGUAUAGCGGGAAGCUGGUGUGUCGGGAUUCCCAGGGGGUGUAUGUCCCGUGGACGGGGUUUCCGCCAGGGCAAGGUGGUCUGACGUCGGCGAGCGGCCAGGCGCAGACGCGGGCGAUGGCUGCGCAGGUUGUGGGUGGUGGUAGUGGUGCUGGCCCCCGAGGCUCGGGCAGGCGAUGGCCGACUAAGUAUUUCACCGUGUCGGAAGUGGGAGAGAUGAUCUCGGAUGACCCGUCGGGGGCGAACUGGGCGCUUCUACCUGAUAAUCAGGGAGGGUAUGAUGUCUUCGAUGUCAGGGCGCUCUUCAAACGAAAUCCCGAUCUCGAUACCGAGACAGCCCUCGAAUCGACAGAGCUCGGCCGCGCCAUUGUUUCUCAAGAGUUGAGGACGGCCCUCGAUGCCAACGGAGACAAGCCGCUCGGCAAACUCUUGACUUGGAAGCACCCUGAAGUAGUUUCCGAACAUGACGGACGGGAUGGCCGCGACCUAUGGUGCACCAUUGGCAAUGUGGUUUAUGACAUCACCGGCUUUCCCUUCAGCUCCGGGAAGGAAGAGGAGGCGCUCAUCGACUUGGCGUUUGGAAAGAAGACCGCCGGUGAUGCACUAGAUGAUCUCGAUGUGAAUGACCUCGUCACGCGUUUGGGGCCGUACAAAUGCGGUUUUCUCAGGCCAACGACAGGUGUUCCGCCAUCCGGCCGCCGGGAAUUCACGCUGCGCGAACUGGGCAGACACAUAUAUCCUCAAAUCGGCAUGUACUGCGCACUUGACGGUGACGUGUACGAUCUUGGACGCUACCUCCAUUCCCACCCCGGCGGCGCACAAAUCCUUCAUCAAUACGCAGGGCGUGACGCCACCGACGAGUUUCGCCAUGCCCACGCUGAUUGGGUUCAGACAUUAAGGAAUCACAGUGACCUAGUGGUUGGGCGCAUGGUCGACGAGAUAACCGACGUCAGCCACAUGGAAGAGGGUGAAUUGGUGCUUCUGGGCCGUGUAUUCGACUUCUCAAGCUUUGGCGUAAAUGAGCAAAAGCUCUUUGACGAGCUAACGCCAUACACCGGCACGGACGCCACGCAUGCACUGAAGGCGGAGGACCCACCGGAUGCCCUUCUCGAGCUCCUCAAGCGAGACGACCUUGUCUGCGCAAAGCUGGUCACCGGCGCCCGACGGCUCAUCACGCUUGCCGAGUUCCGCAGGCUCAACCAUAUCCCUAGCAAGGCGGAGCGCCAAAAGAGCCCCGGCGCCGGGGAUACGAAUUGGCGAGUUUGGGUGGCGGUUGCUGAAAAGGACGGCUCGAAGAAGCAGAUGGUUUACGAUGUUACUCUCAUGAUGAUGUUUGGGGGUCUCGAGUUCGAGCAGAAACUCCGGCCCUGGGUGGGCAAGGAGGUGCGUGAUCCCGAGCUUGCUCAUGUGCUACGCACCAAACAUGAGAGCUUCGUUAUCGGUGAGCUCCGCGUGGAGGAAAGUAAAGCCGAUCGGGUGUCUGCUCGGCGGGCGCAAGUUUUGAGCGACCGGGACCGGUACGGAGGCCAGAGACUUGCAGGGUCGAAGAGGCACGCCGGUGCUCUGAAUGACAGUGAUUUGGAAGUCAUGGAGCCUAGGUCGAAGCGAGUUGGGGCUUGGAGGUGAAUCCGGAUCCCGACUUUAUGUUUUCUGUUGCUUGUUUUAUUGUCGAAGGGGUGCGUCGGGGCUUUUUGCGACAAUGAGUUGAGGGUCAGGGGAAUGGGUUGCAGUCAUUUGGGAUUCGGAGAUCAAGCAUGAACAGGCGCGUGCCAAGGUAUCUUCGUUUUGUGUUUGUCUCUGGGUGCUCCCAGGCUGGCUGGGCUCGUAUCACUCAAUGGCUCGGUUGACUGUUGAAGAAUGGAUUUCAUCAUUGCG